CUUCCCAUUGUCCUUAGGAAACACAUAACCCCCAAGUGUUCUUCCUCCCUUACUAAGAACCCUAACCCUUAAGAACACCGUAUUCACAUUUUUAUAACCACAAAAAGAAAAGAAAAAAAAAUAGAACUCAAGAUGGAUACGAGGAUGUCGGAAUCGGCCAAGCCUUACUUCGCAAUGGCGUGCCUUCAGUUUGGGUACGCAGGCAUGAACCUCAUCACCAAGGCCGUCCUCGACCGUGGCAUGAGCCAUUACGUGCUCGUCGUCUACCGUCAGGCCUUUGCCACCGCCGUUUUAGCUCCCUUUGCUCUUCUCUCCGAGCGGAAGGUGAGGCCGAAGAUGACGUUUCCGGUCUUCAUCCAAAUUUUCGUGCUAAGUCUUCUCGGGCCGGUGAUAGAUCAGAACUUGUACUACGCCGGUCUAAAACUCACCUCACCGACAUUCUCCUGUGCCGUGACCAGUAUCGUGCCUGUAGUGACCUUCAUCCUCGCCAUUUUGUGCAGGAUGGAGAAGGUGGAGAUGAAGAAAGUAAGAUGCCAAGCAAAAGUGGUGGGGACGGUGGUGACAGUGGUUGGAGCCAUGAUGACGGUAUUGUACAAAGGCCCUUUCAUCAACUUCCUCCACACUCAUCCGCCAUUGACGGCCAUUGUCUUCCUCCUCAUCUCCUCCCUCUCUUUCUCUUCCUUCUUCAUUCUUCAGGCGGCUACACUGAAGAGAUACUCAGCUCACAUGUCGCUGUCGGCUAUGGUCUGUUUCUUGGGAACGUUAAAUUCUGCGGCCGUAACGUUUGUAAUGGAACGCGAUCAGUCUGCAUGGAAUAUCGGAUUCGACAUGAAAUUUCUCGCCUCUGCAUAUGCGGGCGUUAUCUCGUCGAGCAUAGCGUACUAUGUUCAAGGGCUGAUGACGAAGCAAAAGGGACCUGCUUUUGUCGCUUCUUUCAACCCUCUUGUCGUCAUCAUCGUCUCCGUCAUGGGCAUCUUCAUAUUCGGCGAAAGAAUCUACCUUCUCGGGGUUCUCGGUAUGGUUCUGUUAAUGGUGGGAUUAUGCACCUCGCUAUGGGGAAAGCACAGAGAGUUCGAGCAAGAGAUUCUUGAAACCGUCAAGUGUUGCAGCUCCGAUAUUCAAAGCGCCCAUCUCUCGGUAAAGCCCGGAAUCGGACAAGGCGAUGAAGAUGACGUGGAAAGGCAGUCAACGGCGGCGAAGUUACAGUCUCCGGUGGUGGUUUUUUUGCAGUAAAAAAAAAACGUGCAGACGUCGAUGGUAAAAACUAAGGAUGCGUCGUCGCGAGCUUAUACGUUUCUUGAGGCGAAAUAUACAAUCAAAGAUGGAUGAUAAGCAUGGACAAGUUUACACUCUGUUUUUUUUUUUUCUGUCCAAAGAAAUUUUCUCCUUUUUUUUUUUUACUUUUGAUUUUGUAGAGUAAGAUUGAUGAAGGAGCUGAUUAGUAUUAGUUGUGACAUUUCGAUUUUGACUAAGACCCCCUAAUUUUGUCAUAAACUUGUGUACAUUGAACAUUUGAGUUAUAAAACUCUAUAUAUAGAGAGAGA